AUGACCAGGUUUGCCGAAGCAACCAACGAGAUACCUAACCUAAACCCCGAAGUCCACCUCCACGCUUUGAAGAGCGGCCUCCGACCAGGGAAAUUUCAAGAGUCCAUAGUCAUUGCAAAACCUAAAACUCUGGCCGAGUUCCGCAAAAAAGCAACGACACAAAUCGAGGUCGAAGAAUUCCGAGCACUGCAGAAAGCAAAUAAACCUACCUCGAACAGAGAGGAGGAAAGGCAAAACAGACAAUCCAACAACAGAACGGAUCAAAGACCUUUCAGGCUAACGCCUAAAUUCGACAACUAUACUCCCCUGAAUGCGAAAAGGGAGGACAUUAUAAAGGACAUUUUGCACUCGAAGCUCAUCAAACCCCAAACAGGGCUGAUACAUACCAGGACCAACGACAUGUGGACAGGUCAAAAUACUGCGCCUUCCACAAAAAAAUAUGGUCAUACUACAGACGACUGCGUAAUAGCCAAAUAUGUUCUCGAAAAGCUCGCCUGCCAAGGACUGCCAGACAAAUAUAUUGACAACCGAGGACGAAAGCGAAAUACAGAAGAUCUCGGCCAACACACCAAAACAACUGACAAUUCCCAAGAUAAAGGGAAAAAGGUAGACACAGAUAUCAAUCCACCACGUAGAAUAAUAAACUGUAUUUCUGGUGGUUUUGCAGGUGGCGGAUGUGCAAACUUGGCAAGAAAAAGAUCAUACCGAGCUAUGAUGACGAUGACAGAAUCAACCCCUUCCGAACAUGCAAACAAGGACAAGCCAAAAAUCUCAUUCACCCCUGACGAUUAUAAGGCAAACGAUCGAAACCUGGACGACCCAGUCGUCAUCACUGCACAGGUCGGAGAACCACUGGUAAAGAAAAUCCUGAUGGAUCAAGGAAGUAGCGCAGACAUACUCUUUUACUCAACGUUCCAAAAGAUGAAACUGAGUGACAAGAACCUCUAA